GCCUCGACCCGGUAGUCGCCUACAGACCACGCUGUGAGCCACGGAGACACCGUAGAACUAGACCAGCUUCCGGGACUCGUCCUGACGGCUCCUACUCUUCUCAGACUCUCACGGGAACGAGUGACUACUGUUAAUUCUAUUUAAAAUGGGUGUAAAGAAGAAGAAAGAAACGCAAGUUACUUCAUUGACCGUUUGUCAUCAGGACCUUGAAACUUUGAGAUCUUUGGCUGAUGUAGAAGGGAAGAAUCUAGCGUCUUUGCUGUUACAUUGUGUACAACUCACUGAUGGAGUGUCACAGAUCCAUUAUGUUAAACAGAUUGUGCCCUUACUGGAGAAGGCAAAUAAAAAUGACAAGUGUGAUCCCACUAUUCGAAGUUGUUUGGAUAUUUUAGCAGGCAUUUAUCUUUCUUUGAAUCUAAAGAAUCCCUUGAAGAAAGUCUUGGCAAGCUCACUAAAUGACCUACCUGAAUUUUUUCUAACUGAGGCUACACAGAGUUUUACUUCUCGUCUUCAGGAAGAAUUGAAUACUACUACUGAUCUAUACUCUUAUAGGAAAGUUAUUGACAAUAUAUCUUCCUGUAUGGAGAACUUUGACUUGGGUAGAUCAAGUGUUAAUAAUCUUCUUGAAAAUGUGCUUCAUUAUCUACGGAAGAGUUUAAUUGAAAUCUCAGAAGAAAACAGAAAAUUGGCUGGAAAUCAUAUUGUUCAAACUCAGUUGAUGAAUGACUUGUUGGUAGGCAUUAGAGUUUCAGUGAUGUUAGUACAGAAAGUACAAGGUUUCCAGAGACUUCAUUUGAAGAGUUCUCCUACAUGGCAAAGUAUGUGUGGAUUGCUGAGUAUUUUUACCAAGUUUUUAAGCGAUGAUGACCUCUUACAGACAAUUCAGAGUACAUCUGGAUUAGCUGUUAUUCUUUUUAUUAAGGCUAUGUUUCAUCCACCUGAAAAGAUUCCUGAUUUGAUUAGUAGUUUGCUUCUCCGUUCAGUGGACCACACCAGCAUCCCCGAGUGGCUUUUGAACUGCUGCAGGAGCCUUUGUUGUUCUGAUGUCUCCCAGUCAGCUCUCUUAUUCCUGUGUCAGGGGACGCUCACCAUGUUGGAUUGGCAGGAUGGGAGGAUGGGCCCCAGUGGGGAGGCCCUGCUCUUGGAUACUGUGCGUGUUCUGUUCACCUUGAGUUCACAGAUCAAGGAGUCAACUCUGGAAAUGUUUCUGUCUAGAAUUUUGGCAUCUUGGACUAAUUCAGCUAUACAAGUCCUUGAAUCAAGUUCCCCAAGGCUAAAGGACUGUCUGAAUGGGAAUUCAGAUGUGGUUAGGAGACUUUUGGAAUAUGUCUAUACCCACUGGGAACAUCCAUUGGAUGCUUUGAGACACCAAACCAAAAUCAUAUUCAGAAAUAUUCUCCAAAUGCACCAGCUUGCCCUGGAAGAGUCGGGUUCAGAUUUGGCUGCUGAUGGUUUCAUUUUUCAACUGACUGAGAGUCUUCUGCGAUUGGAAUGGCAUAGUAAAGGAAAGUACACAUGCCUUGGUUGUUUAGUAGAUUACAUAGGAAUUGAACAUAUUUUGGCAUUAGCUAAAACUAUUCCAUCGCAAAUCUUAGAGGUGAUGGGGGACCAGUCCUUGGUGCCUUAUGCAAGUGACCUCUUGGAAACCAUGUUUAAAAAUCAUAAGAGUCGUUUGAAAUCCCAGGCUGUUGACAGCACUUGGAUUGACAAGUGGCAUGAGACUUGGGUUUCUCCUCUCCUGUUUAUACUGUGUGAAGGAAAUCUGGAUCAAAAAUCUUACGUGAUUGAUUAUUACUUGCCAAAAUUAUUGAAUUGCAACCCUGAAAGCUUAAGCUACAUGGUAAAGAUUCUUCAGACUUCUGCUGAUGCUAAAACUGGGUCUUAUGACAGCAGAGGGGCUCUGGGAGCUUUGAUGGCUUGUCUACGAACAGCUAGAGCUCAUGGACAUCUUCAGUCUGCAACUGAUGCCUGGAGGGACCUUGUGUCCAGUGCAAGAAUAAAGCAAGGCUUAAUUCAUCAGCACUGCCAAGUACGGAUCGAUACAUUAGGCUUGCUUUGUGAAAGUAAUCGAAGUACAGAAAUUGUUUCCACAGAAGAAAUGGAGUGCAUUCAGUUCUUUAUCACAUACAAUCUUAACAGUCAGUCUCCAGGAGUGCGGCAACAGAUUUGUUCUCUUCUUAAAAAGUUGUUUUGUAGGAUACAGGAAAGUUCUCAGGUACUUUAUAAACUGGAACAAAGUAAAUCCAAACAUGAACCAGAGAAUGAGUUAACCAGACAGCACCCUUCUGUAUCUUUACAGCAAUAUAAGAAUUUCAUGUCAUCCAUUUGCAACAGUCUUUUUGAAGCAUUAUUUCCUGGCUCUUCCUACCCAACUAGAUUUUCAGCUUUAACCAUUUUAGGCUCAAUAGCUGAAGUUUUUCCUGUGCCAGAAGGUAGAGUCCAAACAGUAUAUCAGCUGAGUCAUGAUAUUGAUGUUGGUCGUUUCCAAACGCUAAUGGAAUGUUUAACUGGCACUUUUGAAGAAGUGAAAAUUUUAGCAUUUGAUCUUCUAAUGAAGUUACCAAAAACAUUUGUACAAUUUCAGGAUUCAGAGAAACUACAAGGCUUAUUCCAGGCAGCACUGGAGCUCAGCACAAGCACCAAACCAUAUGACUGUGUAACAGCUUCCUACCUACUGAACUUCUUAAUCUGGCAGAACGCUCUGCCAUCAUCUCUGUCUUACUUAAAAACUCAGCGGGUUGCAUGUGGAGAUGGAGAUAAGUCUGCUGCUCUGGUGGAAAGUAACACAUUAAUAGUUAUCAAAUGCUUGUUGGAAAAUCUUGAGGAAGAAGUAUCUCGGGCUGAAAAUUCUCUGCUUCAGGCAGCAGCAUCUUUUCCAAUGUACGGGCGGGUCCACUGUAUAACAGGAGCUUUGCGGAAGCUAGCUCUAAACAGCCUGCAGUUGGUGAGUGAGUGGAGACCCGUGGUGGAGAAGCUCCUUGUGACGUCCUACAGGCUUUCCGCCGUGGCGUCUCCAGUUAUUCAGAGCUCCUCCCCAGAAGGCCUCAUCCCCAUGGACACUGAUGCAGAGUCAGCAAGCCGCUUGCAGACAAUUCUGAAUGAGAUUCAGCCCCGAGAUACUAAUGAUUAUUUCAAUCGAGCUAAAAUUUUGAAAGAAUGUGAUAGCUUUGAUUUGGAGGACUUGAGUGCCAGUGUACCGAAUAUUGAUACUUCUGCAGAAGUCAAAGGUAAAGAAGGAAAAACAUGUGAUGUAACUGCUCAGAUGGUGCUGGUAUGUUGUUGGAGAAGCAUGAAGGAAGUCGCUUUACUCUUAGGCUCACUGUGCCAGCUUCUACCCAUGCGGUCUGUGCCAGAAUCUCCUGAUGGAUUGUUGACAGUGGAACAGGUAAAAGAAAUAGGAGAUUACUUUAAACAGCACCUUUUACAGUCCAGGCACAGAGGAGCAUUUGAACUGGCUUACACUGGCUUUGUGAAACUCACCGAAAUCCUAAACAGGUGCCCUAAUUUGAGUCUGCAGAAGCUACCGGAAGAGUGGUUAUGGAAUGUUUUAGAGGAAAUUAGAUGCAGUGAUCCUUCAUCUAAACUCUGUGCUACAAGACGCAGUGCUGGAAUUCCUUUCUACAUACAGGCACUGUUGGCAUCUGAACCUAAGAAAGGCAAAAUGGAUUUGUUGAAAAUAACAAUGAAAGAGUUAAUCUCUUUGGCUGGACCUACAGAUGACUCACAGAGCACAGUCCCUAAGGUUCAUGCUUUAAAUAUCCUUAGAGCCUUGUUCAGAGAUACACGUCUGGGAGAAAUUAUUAUCCCUUACGUUGCUGAUGGAGCUAAGGCUGCAAUUCUGGGCUUUACAUCACCAGUCUGGGCAGUGAGAAAUUCAUCCACACUUCUCUUCAGUACAUUGAUCACAAGAAUAUUUGGAGUUAAAAGGGGAAAGGAUGAACUUUCCAAAAAAAAUAGAAUGACAGGGAGUGAAUUUUUCUCUCGUUUCCCCGAACUCUAUCCCUUUCUUCUCAAACAGUUGGAAACUGUAGCCAAUACCGUAGACAGUGGUACAGGAGAACUAAACCAUCAUCCCAGCAUGUUUCUCUUACUUUUGGUGUUGGGGAGGCUCUACCCUUCCCCGAUGGAUGGCACCUGUUCUGCUCUCAGCAUGGCACCUUUUAUUCCCUUCAUCAUGAGAUGUGGUUGCUCACCUGUCUACCGCUCCCGUGAAAUGGCAGCUCGUGCCUUGGUCCCAUUUGUUAUGAUGGACGACAUCCCUGAUACCGUCCGAACUCUGUUGGCCAAACUCCCCAACUGCACUGACCAGUGUUUCCGGCAAAAUCAUAUUCAUGGGACACUUCUCCAGGUUUUUCAUUUGUUACAAGCCUUCUCAGACUCCAAAUACAGAAUGAAUACAUACUUUCGGCAGGAGCUGGCUGACAUCACUGUUUGUACUAAAGCCAAAGUCUGGCUGGCCAAGAGGCAAAAUCCAUGUUUGGUGACCAGAGCUGUGUAUAUUGAUAUUCUCUUCCUGUUGACUUGCUGUCUUGACAAACCCUCAAAAGACAACCAGCCAGUUCUGGAGCAUCUUGGCUUCUGGGAGGAAGUCAGAAGGAUCAUCUUGGGAUCAGAGUUGAUAACCGGAUUCCCCUAUACCUUCACGGUGCCAGGCCUGCCCCAGUACCUCCAGAGCCUCACCAAACUGGCCAUCGCUGCAGUGUGGGCAGUAGCAGCCCAGGCUGGAGAGCAGGCAAGGGACGUUCCCAUCUCCUUCUCUCAGCUGUUAGAGUCUUCCUUCCCUGAAGUGCGCCUGCUGACGCUGGAAGCCCUGUUGGAAAGGUUCUCAGCAGCAGCCUCGGGCCUAGGAGAGAAGGGACUGCUGCCCUUGCUAUGGAAUACGGGAGGGACAUUCUUGAUGUUGGCUAUGAAGGAAAAUCACCCAGAAUGCCUCUGCAAGAUACUGAAAAUUCUCCGUUGCAUGGACCCCAGUGAGUGGCUUCCUCAGACAGAGCGCUGUGUCCAUCUAACCCCAAAGGAGUUCUUGAUCUGGACAAUGGAUAUUGCUUCCAAUGAAAGGUCUGAAAUUCAAAGUGAAGCUCUGAGACUCGCCUCCAAAGUGAUUGCCUACCACAUGCAGACGUGUGAGGAGACCAGGGACUUGGUGGCCCCCAACCUGAAGCAGUGGGUUCAGUUGGUCCUCUCUUCUUGUGGAGAUCAUCUUCCCACCGAGUCCAGGCUGGCCGCUGCUGAAGUUCUCACCAGCACUGCACCAUUUUUCCUCACCAACCCCCAUCCCAUUCUUGGACUGCAAGAUACGCUUGCUCUCUGGAAAUGUGUCCUCACCUUCCUGCAGAGUGAGGAGCAAGUAAUCCGAGAUGCAGCCACAGAAACCGUGAUGACUGCCAUGUCACAGGAAAACACUUGCCAGUCAACAGAAUUUGCCUUCUGCCGGGUGGACGCCUCCAUCGCACUGGAUCUGGCCCUGGCUGUGCUGUGUGACCUGCUCCAGCAGUGGGACCAGCUGGCCCCUGGACUCCCAGUCCUGCUAGGAUGGCUGUUGGGGGAGGGUGAUGACCUCAUGGCCUGUGUGGAGAGCGUGCAUCAGGUGGAAGAAGACUACCUGUUUGAAAAAACAGAAGUCAACUUUUGGGCUGAGACCCUGAUCUUCAUGAAAUACCUCUACAAGCACCUCUUCCGCCUCCUCUCCAAGUCCAGCUGGUGUCCCCUCAGCCCCGAGAGGCUCUGUCAUCUUCAGAGGACAGCGUCAGAGCAAUGCCACCUCCUUUCCCAGCUCUUCAGAGAGCUGCCACCAACUGCUGAGUUUUUGAAGACGGCGGAGUUCACGAGACUGCGCGUUCGGGAGGAAAGGGCUUUGGCUUGCCUGAGGCUACUGGCGUUUCUGGAAGGAAAGGAAGGGGAAGACACCCAGUUCUCAGGGCUUUGGACUCUCCUGCAGCAGUGAAUCAGUUAACUCUUCCAAGAACAGAAACGGCUUGUUGAAGAAAGAAGACUUGUGGGGUUGGGGGUAGGGUGGAUUGUUCCCCCAGUCAAUCCGCAGGAAAAUGUUGAACAGAAACUUAAGCGUCUUCUCCCCUUCACAACUCCCCCACUUCUGUGAGUCUAGUAUUCUGUCCUACAGAGGACUUUUUCUUCAGUUCAGUCAUUCAAGGCAGCCUCGUUUAUUGCAGCUACUGUAGGAAGUGAGGCUACCACGUUGAAUAUUGACUCUGUUCCCAGGUGCAGGCCACCUGCAGGCCUGAAUUAGCCUUUUUCAUCCCCCAGGACCUCCAGUGUCCAACCAGAGCCGGCCUACAUUUUUCUCUGAAUUGACUACACAGAGUUGGGUUUUAACACAUGAUUUUCCCCCCCUUUUCUGGCUAGUUGUAGGAGCUGGAUUAGUUGGCAAACAGCCCACUUGGUCAGAAUUCCAAAUUUUAUUCGAUUUUAGCAAAGGCAGAAAUAUGUUCCAAAUGUUGGAUCCUGGGAGAAUCAAGGAUCGACUUCAUACAAAUAAUUUUGUUUUUACUGUCUGCAUGUUUAAGCCUUCAGUGACCUACACAUGCCAUCCUAAUUAUUAAAAGAGCCAUUAAGAGCUCCUACCCACCUCUCCCCACCAUAAAAAGUAUUUGUGCUAUUGUUAGGAAAACAGAUUCACCACCCAGUGAAAUCAUAGACUCUUGGCUGUUAGAAGGAACCUGGGGAAAGGAGAGUCAGAAUAAAUGACUUAUUUGAUGCCUACACUGUUUACUGUCAUUUUCUUGGUGGCAGUAACAAGAAGAUUCUUAUUUAAGAUGCUAGAAAACUUUUAUCCAUUUCAGUGAUUUAACCUGGAAACCUUAAGGGUUUUCUGCUUUUCUAAGUCCAGCCCUCCCCUCUUCCUCAGACACCCAGCAGGUGUCGCUCUUGCAUACGUUUUGCUGCUAGUUUUGUUUUUCACUGGCUUACCAGUUUUAAUUUAUAAUUUGAGAGUAAGUGUUACCCAAAGACAGUUAUCUUGAAAUUCAUAGCUUUGAUGGGUCAUAGCCUCAUCCACGUUCAUUUUUCAUCCUAGUUAUCUGAAAAAAUCAUUUCAGUAAUCCUAUGUACACUUGGCCCAGCUUUUUAGGGUCUGUAAAUACCUCUCAGGUGAGCAAUCAGAAUUAUUUUAUUCAUGUUUGAGGGUCUGGAGGGGCAGUUUAGAGGGGAGAGGGUUUGAUAUGAUCAUUUCCUACUACAGAAAGACUUAUAUUUCAAAUGUAAUUUGUUUCUCUUUGAAAGAAAACCACCUAACACUAAAAAAUAGAGCCUACUAGAAGAAUAGAGAAAGGUCUGUGUAGGAAGAAGCAAGGAAAGAAGUUAACUUAGUGUCCAAAGUUUUGCCCUGAAGAGACAGGAAAUUCCCUGGUGGUUUUGCACUACUCAGCUCAAAAUGUGUUUUCUGUGAUCCUGAAUUAAUAACCUGGUUAGGCAUCUGUGUAGCCCACACUUGAUGGAAAGUUGCCAACUGAACAUUUCUUUUUGUUCUGAGAAGACGUGGCUGGUGAGAAGUCAGGGAAUUGUUGGCACAAUGUGGUGAUAACCAUGGUAGAAUAAUUAUGAAACUGGCUCCAGCAAAGCCCAGCUCACUGGAAAAGGCCAGCAUUCCUUUUUUCUCCAUUUAAAAUGAAAUAAAAGCAGUUACAUAAUAAUAAAAAUAUUUUCUACCAGCAGGUACUCUGUACCAAAGCAUGUACCAUAGCAUGUUUACAUGUUAGCUCCAAAGUCCUUCUACCAAGCCUGCAAAGUGGGUGUUCUCAUAGCUGUUGAGAAUUACCCCAGAUUUUGAUUUUGGCUGGUUGUAGCCAGCCUGAGAGCACAGGAGAGACAGAUGUUUCCACUGGUUUUUGUAUCUGAAAUCUUGUCACUGACCUCCAGUAGCAGUGGUGAGGGAAAUUGCUGUUUCACACUUUCCUGAUGCAUUCCCACGGGAAACUCAGAAUACCCCACUGUUGGGGCCAUCCUCAGACUCUUGUGCUGUGGUUCAUUUCAACAAAGAAAACAGCAUCAGGGUUCUUGGGUAUUCUAGGCUGUGUCAGCCAUGGUUGCCCAGCCUUGUCAAGGGGCCAGUGUAGGCCGGGUGGCAAGAGUGAAGCAGUCACUUCUUCUGAGGUCACUGCCCUUGGCUCCAAGCUCGAGGGUCCAAGAUUUGGUGACCCCUCAGCACUGCAUUCACGAUUCUGUAGACCUCCACCCAUCUGGCCAUACUCCAGAGGCCUGGCUUUCUCCAUUUUUAUGCUUUGUCAAUUUGUUUUAAUAAAUAAGAUGGAGUAUA